AUGCGCUUCUUCACCUCAAUCAUUGCUCUCGCAGCUGCCGCUGCGGCCCUCACCAUCACAUCCCCCAAGAGCCUGGACCAGGUGGACAUGAGCAAGUCCGUCAAUAUCGAAUGGCAAUAUGUAGAAUCCGACUCCCAGAACUUCUCCAUCGUCCUCGUCAACAUGAUCACUCAGCCCCCCGUCAACAAAGUCAUCGCCAAGGAAGUCAAAGCCUCCGAUGAGAAAUACACCGUGGACGGUGUCUCUGGUAUUCCCAAGGCAAACGGCUACCAGGUCAACUUCGUCAGCACCGGACCCACGAACACGGGGAUCCUGGCCCAAUCUCCCCAGUUCAAUGUCACGGACGUCAAGCCUGAGCCAAAGACUACUUCCACCGAGAGCCAAACCGCCACCGCGACUGCUUCCGCUACCGCUACUGCAACGACCAACGCUGCUGCAUCUCUCAUCGCCCCAGCCGCUGUGGGCUCCUUUAUCCUGGGUCUUUUCGCUAUGGUCGUGUAA